CGCAGCAGGAAAGACCCAGAGGCAGAAAGGGGAAGGAAACCCGAACUCCCCAAGUCCAAAGACGAGCAGUAGGGAACCCGCCUUCUUCUCCAGUCUCCACUUCUCUUCUCGCCCUCACCUCACACCCGAAAAUUCGGAUCAGCACCGACCAGCAGCAGUAGCGGCAGCAGCACACUGCCUGAGCGAGUGGAGCCCCCUCCAGUAGGCAUCUUCCAAUGGCGGCCUCCUCCUCCUCCCUUCUCCACCCGUCCCCUGCGGCGCUGCUUGUCCACGGCGCUUCUCCCCGUCCUCCCGCUGGCGGUGCCCCUGCGGCGGCCUCCUCCUCGUGCCGCUGCUACGGCCGUCCCCCGGCUCCGCGCGGGGGCCUACUCCUGCGCCCGCCUGCUCGGGGUCCCCGCCGCCGCCCAGCGGCCUCCCGUCCUGCGAGGUUCUGCGGGAACGGUGUGUACGAGGGGCCGGCGGUGCUCAGAGUCAGGCAUUCGACUAAAUGGGGCCCCGGAAAGGUUUUAUGCGCCGCUGGGAGGGAUGAUGACGCUGGUUAUCAAACUGGCGAGGAUGGCAGCCACGACGGCGAUGGUGUCCGUGUUUCCAAUGAGGCCCUCCGUGCCACCAUUCGUAAGAGCAGAGAGGUGCUGGCGAUGCACCGGGAUCUACUUGAGCAGAUAUCGGAAAAGAAGAAGCUCAUUACUAUUAUUGAGGCCAGUUCCAUGCAUAAUGAGCAAGAGCCACUCAGUGGUGAUUCCAUUUCACGUCUGGAUGCUAUUUCGGAGGGCAACGAGAUUGGCUAUGACCUUCAAAUGUACCUUGAUAGGCGUUCAUACAAAUCUGAAGCCGGUACAAUUCAUGGAGAAUCUAUCAGUGAUCAGAAUGAAUACUAUGGAAGUUUAGAAGGCAAACUUUCUAGCACUGAUGUCAAUGGAUCAUCUAACAAGGUCAGCUCUGAACACUAUCUGUACGACAGUGCUGCUCCCAACGUAUAUGAACCACAAUAUGUUAAUGGUGUGAAGCAGGAUUUCGUGGCACAGCUAAGUCAAAUAAGUGAAAAGGAGCAGUCAGUUACUGAGGGAAUAAAUAACAACUCAUCUUCUUCGGCCGGUGUAGAUGUUAUGAAUGUAAUAUUGGUAGCUGCAGAAUGUGCUCCUUGGUCGAAGACAGGUGGACUUGGUGAUGUUGCUGGAGCUUUGCCAAAGGCUUUGUCCAAGAGAGGUCAUCGUGUCAUGGUAGUAGUACCCAUGUAUCAGAACUAUGAAGAACCUCGACAAAUAGGAGAAUCAAAGAGGUACCAGAUCGCAGGGCAGGAUAUGGAGGUAAAAUAUUGUCAUGCGUACAUAGAUGGCGUGGAUUUUGUAUUCAUUGACAAUCCUAUCUUUCACAAUGCUUCGAGUGAAAUUUAUGGUGGAGACCGAACAGACAUCUUGAAACGAAUGGUUUUGUUGUGCAAGGCGGCUGUAGAGGCUCCGUGGUGUGUUCCAUGUGGUGGUUUCUGCUAUGGUGAUGGAAAUCUUGUGUUCAUUGCAAAUGAUUGGCACACUGCAUUACUGCCUGUUUAUUUGAAGGCUUAUUAUCGUGACAAUGGUUUCAUGAUAUAUGCCCGUUGUGUUCUUGUGAUACACAAUAUAGCACAUCAGGGUCGUGGCCCCUUAGACGACUUCAGUUACCUGGAUUUGUCCAGUAACUACAUGGACCUAUUCAAACAUCACGACCCAUUUGGAGGUGAUCAUCUAAACAUUUUUGCAGCUGGAAUUAAAGCUGCCGACCGUUUAGUUACUGUUAGCCAUGGUUAUUCAUGGGAGCUCAAAACACCUGAAGGUGGUUGGGGCCUUCAUGGGAUCAUUAAUGAAAGUGAUUGGAAAUUCCAAGGCAUUGUAAAUGGUAUCGAUACCACUGAAUGGAAUCCUAGGUCUGAUGUCCACCUGAAGUCUGAUGGAUACAUCAACUAUUCUCUAGAAACUGUUCAAACAGGUAAAGCACAAUGUAAGGCGGCAUUGCAGAAAGAACUUGGUCUCCCGGUUCGUAGUGAUGUUCCUGUCAUUGCUUUCAUUGGACGGUUAGACAAUCAAAAAGGCGUAGAUUUGAUAGCAGAAGCAAUGCCAUGGAUAGCUGGCCAAGGUGUACAGGUAAUACUGCUGGGUACUGGAAGGCAAGAUCUUGAAGAUACAUUGAGGCGGCUUGAGAGCCAGCAUUAUGACAGAGUUAGGGGGUGGGUUGGUUUCUCUGUCAGGUUGGCUCAUCGUAUGACUGCAGGCGCUGAUAUACUGUUGAUGCCAUCAAGGUUCGAGCCAUGCGGGCUGAACCAGCUCUAUGCCAUGAUGUAUGGGACUGUCCCUGUAGUGCAUGCAGUGGGUGGUCUUCGAGACACUGUCCAGCACUAUAAUCCCUAUGAGGAGGCUGGACUUGGUUGGACUUUUGAGAUGGCAGAGGCAAACAGAAUGAUUGAUGCGCUAGGGCAUUGCCUGACUACAUACAGAAACUACAGGACCAGUUGGGAGGGACUCCAAAGGAGAGGGAUGAUGCAAGACUUAAGUUGGGACAAUGCUGCUAAAAGCUACGAGGAGGUUCUUGUUACCGCCAAGUAUCAGUGGUGACUGUUGAGCUGACCAAGAAUCCAUGGUGUCAUUCGGGGAGACUGGAAGGCAUUCUUCUUGUAUCAGUCACUGGGUGCUUCAAUAUCAGCUCUCGGCAUGCAGCGGUCUGCUUUGCCCAGUAUCCCAGUUCCCAAGUUGACCACCAUGUUCCUAGAAAUGGGAAGACCGAAUCUUUGUUGCCAGAAUUCAAGUCACUUCCAACAAGGCACACCCUGAGUCUAGGAGUUUACUUCCUACAUGAAAGCUGUGGAAGGGGUCUUCCUUCAAAGGAGGCAUAAACAGCACAUGGAAGAUUAAAGAUCCUUUUGAAGAAAUGAUGCAGCGGUAAACGUCAUCCGUUUCUGAAGCGGCCUCUAGUCCCAUCUUUUCCCAUGGGAUGAGUUCAGUUCGAUGGUUUAUCGCAGCAUUGUGCCAGGCAGCUCUGGAACCAUUGCUUGAUUUACUGGAUAGUCUGAUUGUACCGACAUCUACGAUUUUGUUGGGUUUGAUCGUGUUUUAGAGCAUUUCAGAUGCGUACAUAGAUAAAUUAGCAUCUCCCUGUAGCGAAUUCAGAUGAGGUGAUCUGGUGGUUGUUUCCAUGUAAUUAGUCAAUUUUACCGUCC